AUGUCAAGUCCCGGCGGCCUGCCACUUCCCUCGAACCCGGACGAGAAUGACGGGCCCAGGAUCCUGGGGGCUACAUUGGCCAUAACGUCGCUGGCCCUGAUUACCUACGGGGCCCGCAUGGGCGUUCGACUCAUCGCGGUCCGCAAUGUUGGGUUGGAUGACUACUUCAUGAGCUUCGCAAUGGCUUUGGUCCUGGCUGGCCAGGGGGUUGUGUGGGCUUCGGUCGCGCAUGGCGCGGGCAGGCAUAUCGGCGACAUACCACUAUCCGACUUGCCAAUGGGACUCAAGCUGAACUUCGUCAGUCAGCCCAUCUAUCUGAUCGCCAUCUGCGUCGUCAAGCUGGCCGUUGGUUCCAUGCUACUCCGUAUUGCGAACACGCCUUUCUACAAGCGGCUUAUCAUCUCCAUCAUGGCCUUCAUGGCGUUCUACACUACGGGUUGCUUCUUUACCGUCAUGUUCCAAUGCACCGACAUACGCGUGCUCUGGGACAACACCAUCACCCCCAACUGCUGGCCCGAGUCGACGCUCAAAGGCCUGUCGUACACCAACGUGUCACUCAACAUCCUGACCGACCUCUGCUUCGCCGUCUUUAUCCCGGGCCCCAUGCUCUGGAACCUCAACGUCAACCGGCGCACCCGCCUUUCCCUCCUCUUCUCGCUUGGGCUCGGCUGCUUCGCCUGCGCGGCAGCCUUCAUCAAGAUCGGCUCGCUCGUCAACUAUGGCAAGGAGGGCGACUGGCUGUGGGACUCGCGCGACAUCACCAUCUGGACCGUCGUCGAGUGCAACACGGGCAUUGUCGCCGGCAACCUGCCCACCCUGCGGCCCAUCUUCCGCCGCAUCCUGGGCAGCACCCUCGGGUACGGUUCGCGGACCAACGGCGGCGGCGGCGUCUCGGGUGGUGGUUCCGGUUACCAUCGCCAGAAAGACGGCGGCGGCGGCGGCAGCCGCUCAAUGCCUUCGAUCGUCGCCUCCUCCCGCAGCAGGGCCGCCGUAGCCUCGAGGCAGCUGCCUACAGACGAAUCGAGCAGCGAGCGCGCCUUCAACGCUGCCGCUGGCGAGUACGAGAUGGGCGAUCGGAAGCACCAUGGCCAGGCGUCGCGCGUUUUCGUCGACCCUUAUGCGCUGUCGAGUGACGAGACCGUUCAUAGAGCGCAGGUGGCGGGAAGGGAGGGGGACGGGGCGAGUGGAGGCGCCAGGAGCAACUAG